AUUCACUUUGCCCUGUUUUGUUCUUGCAUCCUUUCCAGUUCCCUUCCCACCCCUUCUGGCCUCCCCUGGGCCCCUCGUUGCUGUUUUGUUGCCGGUUCUUGUCACCGCUGCAAUGUCCCCCGUUCCAGUCCACACACCAGCAGCACCACCAGCAGCCCUGUGUGCGUACGUGCUGGGGCGAUGGGGUGGCACUUCCCCCGAAGGCCAGAACAGGCAGAGCCCACAUUCGACCAGUUGACAGCAAAAGACGGCAGUUUCAUGGCCUCUUGUCACGAUGCUCACGACAUCUGAUUGAUUGACAGACUGGUUGAGGACUGUUGCUGCUCUUCGGCUGGAAUGGAAAGGUGGGAGGGAAGAUGACUUGGGCAGACAGCCAGCCAGCAAGCCAGCCAGCCAGACAGCCACCACACCAACACCAAGACACCACCACCACCACCGUGAACCAGCCGCAGCCGGACAGGCACCGUCCAGGAUCGACCAGAAACAGCUCACGGCACAGCACAGCACAGCGCAGCACAGCACAACACAACGCAGCAUGCAAAUCCAAGGGCAAAAGCAUCAGAGUGCAAACACACAGGACCAGAGCGGGGGCGAGGGGACCACUCAAAAUCACAUCAGGCCAAAAUUACCUCCGGCAUGACCUAAACCCCACCAACGCCUUGGCCACGGCGCCCGCCCAAGAUCAAGUGCUCAAGUGCCCCAAGGAUGCGAGCAUGAGAGGACAUGAUAAGACGCUGCUUUGCUCUGGCUUCUCCCCUGCUGUACUCCUCGCUCUGGCCGUCCCUUCCGGUUCUGUUUUGUUCUGUUCUGCUCCCGCCAUUUUAUUUCGAGUCCCCUGGUUCCCGUGGUUGUGCAGCAACGGAACAGGCAUCGUUUUCGACCCGGUCAGCGACGACACCACCCACCACCAACCACCACGACCGGCAACAGAUUGGCAGACUGGCAGACAGACCUGCGACAACUGCCACCUGCAUCCUGCGCACCACCCCCAGGGCACCCCCGUGUAUUGGAUGGACACUCAGUACACUGCACUCCCCGUCUGGCGCUACUGGCGCGAGCCCGUGAACCUUGCAUAUCCUCGCUGUCGCUACCCGGCAGGCCACAUGCGCUAGGUGUGCAGCCAAUUCCAGCCAUGUCGGACCCGAGCCUGGCUCCAGCCUGCCAGCCUCGACAACCUCCGGACUUGGGUUUUGUUUUUUGAUCAUCCAGGACUGGACUUUUGCACACGCGGUGCACUCGACAUGGUCAUGGCAACAGACGGGACGGAACAGGCUGUCAGAGAAGGGCUGAACGCAUCGCCGAGGAUGCCGGAGCAAAUCGAGCGAAUCCGUCCCACGUCAAACAAAGCCCAUGGGCGCUACUUAAUACUCGGGCACCACACGCCUGCACUCACAACCACGAACCACCACUCGUUGCUGUUUGGCCUUCACCUACCUACAUGUACAGGUUGCCCAACGGAGAGAUCAGCCCUGCUCCUGGUCCAUUCCCCGUGGCCCGCACUUUUCCCAGCAGGCCUUGCCGUCAUCAACACUCCUGCAUUCGCGGCUUGGCUGAACCGUCGCCUGCGCCAGCCUGCAAGACUGAAGCUGGCAAGAGAUGACGACAACCCUCUGAGCCAAGAUGUCGUCCCCAGGCGUCCCCAGGCGCAGCGGGGCCUGGCAGUCAAGUUAUCCAGAGACGAGGCACAUAGCUCGACUGCUACUCGACUUCAACAGCCGAGUGUAGCAGCUCUGCCAUGGCCCUGUGGCAGGAACACAGGGAACCACCGGUUCGGGAUACUGAAGUGACUUGGGCCAAGCAACAGACGACUUGGUCGUACGCAAGACAGCCCCAGGGCAAGUGUUGGAGCCAGAGGACACCAAGUCAUUUUGGAUUUAUCUGCCUCCUAGGUUGGUAUGGUCGGUUGCUCUCCUUUCAGUUACAUUCCAUCACAUGAACAGCAUGGUUGCUGGAGCAUCGCGCCCACGCUGUCUCGAUGAACGAAGCCAUUCAGAGCCGGCACUGCACCAUCACUCGUUGCAACUCGCAGCUGCUGGUGCUGCCUGGGCUGACAGCUGACUGGGCUGCCGGAUUGGCUCGGCAAAAGACAACGUGGGACCUGCCGAUCCCGUGGCAGGGAUCCCAACGUUUCUGGUUGGCAACGCCUCCGGAAGAGAUCUAGCUCAGACGCUAGACCACUUCGGACAUCCGGCAGGGGCCAGCCAGCCAGCCAGCCAGAGAGGGAGGAGAAAACCGAGGUGGCAGGAACCAAGAGCAAGAGUGGGGCGGGGCGAAAGAAGCGAGACGAGGCGAGGCGAGGCAGGGCCCGAGGGGGACAGAGGAGCAGGGCCUAGGAGCAGGAUUCGACUCGACCAUCCGUCCGUCUGUCCUGUCCUGUCCUGUCCCAGUCAGUCCCUUCUGUCCGCCCAUUCCUAGUCCGCCCCGUCAGCCUUUCUGUGUCUUGGUCGGCCUGUCGUCCAGCCAGAGAUUUGAUUGAUGAUUGAGUGCCUGCUGCCUGACUGAUUGACUGCAAGCCUGGCACUGACCCUGCCUGCACGCACCAGCACGGCACACGCUCGGUCGCACUCACACUCGCGCUCACCCUCUCCACUCUCAAGCAGACUUGGACAGCGCGCUGGAAGAAAGGAUUACUCGCCAACCCGCUCGCUCGCUCGCUCGCUCCCAGCCCGCCUGCCUGUCGGCCCAUUCGCCCUCCCUCUCUGACUGACACCUCGUCUGCCGUGGUAGUACUCCAUAGAGGGUGAAACCCGUCCUGCCCGACUGUUUUGAUUGCCAGUCGGCCAGUCUGCCUGUUGCCCACUCUAAUACUCACCCACACCCACACCAGCUCACCCACCUAACCCGCAAACCCGUGCAAACCCGCAACCCGCACCGGCGCACACGGUUCGUUCGUUGGGCCAUCACGAACCGAAUCGAGGGCCACCCCUCGAAGACCAGCCAGCCCAACCCAGCCCCCAGCCCCAGGCCCGGCCCAGCCCCAGCCCAGCGCGCCGCCGACGCCGACGCCGCCGUUGUUGCUGGCCUGUUGCUGCUUGCUGCUGCUGCUUGGAGAGGGUACGUUACGGCCUCUUUGACGACUCUCCACGCAUCCAAGCUCGCAUCCAAGCAUCCUCGCAUUUGCGUCGCGCAUCCCCACCCGAGGACGCCUCCCACCUGGCCGACUUUUGCGAUAGAGGCAAAGAGGCGAUCAACCAGAUGGCCGUUGCGACCACCCUCGGCACCACCAUCACCAUCGCAUCCUGCCAUCUCCAAUUCCAGCCCCGACACCAUCAACAACAGCAGCAGCUCCGACAGCCUCGCCCCCACCCGCUGCUGUCGCGUCGCUCCUCGUCCUCGUCCUCAUCCUUGUCCUCGCCGUUGACAUCCACCUCCACCACCACCUUCGAAUAGACCCUCCCGUCCUCAGCCAUGUCCGCCUGGGGCAUGAACGAGGCCGCUGUCCCCAACCACAAUGGCAACAACGGCUUCGACCCGAAUGCCCAAGCCGCCGCGUCGGGCAUGAUGGAUCCCUCCAACUUCAUGGCGAACCCUGGCGCCGCGCCCUUCAACCCCGCCCAGUACGCUCAGGCCCAGCAGAUGAUGGCCAUGCAGCAGAACGGCCAGAUGCGCAACGCGUCGCCCUCCUUUGCGAACCCCAUGUACCAGACCAACCCCGUCAUCCCCUCAAAGCGGCCCCGCCCGCGCGAGGACAGCAUCGCAGGGUCCCCACGGCCCAACCCAGGCAUGCUGCCCACCUCGCGCGCCGAAACCCCUCAGCAGUCCCAGUUCCCCAGCUACCCACAAGGCCAGCAGCCCGGCAUGCCGCAGCCAAACCAGGGCCAGCCGUCGCCGUACCCUCACCUGCAGACUAACGGCUCAGCCAACGCGACGCCGUCCCCCAUCAUGGGCAGCAACCCCAUGCGGCCCGGCAGCGUGCCCCAGAGGGUCUCCACCACGUCGCCGCACCCCUUCUCCCCCGCCGCCCAGCAGUUCGCGCCUCAGCCCUCCCCGAUCCCCUCCGAGCACGGCGGCACCCCGCAACCCAAUCCUUACAUGCAGCAGGGCAACUUCCCUCCCGGCUUCAACCCAAACUACGGCACCAGCCCGUCGCCCGCCCGGCCCCCGUCGAACCCGAACGCGAUGCCCGGCCAGAUGAUGCCGCAGCAGAUGGGCCAGAUGCAGCCCGGCAUGAUGCAGCAGCCCGGCCAGAUGGGGAUGGGCCAGAUGGGCCAGAUGCAGCAACACAUGGCGCAGAUGCAGGGCCAGAUGCAAGGUCAGAUGCAGGGCCAGAUGCAGGGCCAGAUGCAGGGCCAGAUGGGCCAGAUGCCGGGCCAGAUGUACCCGCAGGGCAUGCCACAGGCGCGGAACCCGGCUGAGCAGCAGCAGAUGAUGGUGGCCCACAUGCAGAAGAUGCAGCAGAUGCAGGCUAGGCAGCAGCAGAUGGCACACAUGCAAGGGCAGAUGCAGGGCCAGAUGCCCGGGCAGAACAUGGCGCAGAGGAACAUGAUGGCGAGACAGCAAAUGCCUAACGGACAGGUGCCCUCCAACAUGAACGCCGCCGCCGCCAUGAGGCCCCAGCAGCCCGGCAUGGGCGCGCCGCAGCAGGCGCAGAGGAGCCACUCCAGCCCGGAUACCUUCAUGAAACAGCUCUCCAUGUUCAUGGCGCAGAAGCAGAUGCCGCUCAACACCAACCCCGUCGUCGGCGACAGGCCCAUCCACCUUAUGCAGCUUUUCCAGGCCGUCAACAAGGCCGGCGGCUUCAACAGUGUCACGGCGCGCAACUUCUGGCCGCAGAUCUCCAUGAGCGUGGGCCUGAACCCGGCGCAGAUGCCAAUGGCGCCGCAGCAUUUAAGAAACAUCUACGAUCAGAACCUCAGGCCUUUCGAGGAGACAUGGCGGUCCAGGCAGCCACAGCACCAGCAGCAACAACAACAACAACCACCACCACAACAGCACCAGCCACAGCAUCAACAACAGCAACCACACCCGCAGCAGCAACAGCAACACCCGCAACAGCAGCAACAUCCACAGCAGCAGCCGCAGCAGCAGCAGCAGCACCCACAGCAACAUGGUGGGCCAAACACGCCUAUGAAACAGAUGUCGCCAGGCCACGCGCCACCUGGCGCCAUGAUGCAACCUGGCCAGCACGCUGGCAUACAGCCAGGCCAGAUGCAGUCGCCCAUGAGGCAAAUGCCUCCUGGUGCUGCCCAAGCAGGUGUGAACGGUUUCCAGACACCCCAACCGCCCCAGCCGCCACCCCCGAACUCCGCUCAGGGCCAUGCGCGAAACGCCAUGUCUAAGAGCCAUCAAGCGACCCCUGUUCACGACGAGUUCACCGCGCCGUCUCCGGCUAGCAAGCAUGGCAGCAUGUCCCUGCCAAGUAGUGCCCAUCCCGAUGGCCCUGGCGCCUCCGCAGAGUCUGCCAAUAUGCCCUUCCCAGCGCCCCUGACCAAGGACCAGGAUGAGUACAUACCCUGCUCCCGCGUGCCAGAACCAAAAACAUACGGCGGCGUUGAGCUGGACGUGACUGCCAGGCUCGGCAUGGAAUACCAGUUCUACAAACCCGACGUCCCCCCGCCGGCUCAUCUGGGCAACAUCGACCUGCACGCCUUGACCAAAAGCCUGCAGUGCGGCAUACUUGCCGAGGUGCGCCUGGCCCUCGACACCUUGGCCACCGUGACAAGCCCGCAGGGGGUCAUGGUGGGCGGGCAGGCUCUCGAGAUCGACCUCACGAGAUGCGAGGAACUCCUGGAAAGCCUGGUCGAGUGCGCCGAGGAACAGGUCGAGAUGCUCGUCGAGCACACAGAAGAGCUGUCCGACGAGAUAGACAUAAGCCCGUACGAGGAUGUGUCCAGGGCAUGCCGCCUGGAGAACCUGGCCAUCCGCAAGCUCCACACUGUGGGUUCGGAAGAGUAUGAGCUCGACCGCGCGGUCGAUCGGCUUCUGUGCAUCACCACUGUCCUGCGCAACCUGUCCUUCCACGCGCCGAACCAUUUCAUCCUGGCCGAUGAGCUGGUCGUGAAGCUGCUCUGCGACACCAUCCGGUAUCUUGGGACGCGCAACAUGCUCCUGAGGACGCAGGCUGACACGCUGGACUUCUUCAAGGACGUCGUUGUCCUGCUGUCCAACAUUGCCCACGCGGUGGAGAUACAGGCCCGGGAGCAGGCCGAGAGCCUGCUCCAGUUCAUCCUGGCCUUUGCGCCAACGCCCGCCCCUCAUCUCUCAGACGGCGGCAAGCUGCACUUUGCCCCGUUCGAGCCCGUGUUGCACCCGUACCUGCCACAUGCCAUCGACGCGCUGGCCAAGCUCUUCGCCCGGGACGAGCCCAACAGGACAUUCUACAAGAGCAUAUUCGCCGCCGACGCAUCCAACACGCCACCGUCUGAGCUCAUAACCCGCACCUUUGCCCUGGCCAUCUCCCCGGUGCCAGGCCAGCACCGCGAACCCCGCGCGAACGGGCUGCCGUCCCUGGUCGAGGCCCGCAAGCCAAUCCUCAUGCAGGGCCUCCUCGCCGGCAACAUCGUCGCGUCGUUGGCACCGGACUACGACACGUGCGUGACGCGGACGUGGCUGGCCGCCGGGAACGGGUUCGCCCAGAACCUGUUCCGCCUGGUCCGGGAGCUCUCGGCCGAGUUUGAGCAGCCCAGGAUUAAGCCGCCUGGGCAGCCGCGGGCCCAGCCCAAGAAGGACCCUGACCUGCUGUACAUUGCCGUCCUGGGCACGUCGAUGCUCCGGCAGCUGGCGCACAAGGCCCGCGACCCGAACGACCCCGAGAGCAUACCGCCCAACGUCGUCCCCAAGACGGACAAGAUCCUCAAGGCGCUCGAGAUGCGCAGCCCCGAGUUCUCAAAGGACGGCUGGCUGCAGCACGUGGUUGCGCUGGGGUCACUGCAGAUAUGAGCAUAUAGCAGGGCGCAUUGCUAUUAAUAUGGCUAGCAGGCAGGAAGGCAGGCAGGCAGGCAUAUCGCAAUUUUUAAUUUGCAUUACACAACGAGCCCACGCGGAAUGGAGCAAAGGAGGGAUAGACGGAACAUGGAGCAAGGCAAGAAAGCAGGCAAGCAAGCAUUGGUCGGUUGGGUUGGUGUUGGUGCAUUCUGGAACGUGACUCUGGUGACUGCGGUGUGUGUGUGUGUGUGUGGAAGUGUGCGUGUGUAUGUAGUAUGUAUGUAUGUAUCUAUGGGUAACAACAGGUGGGUGGGUGUCACGUGCCCUAUGCGCCUACGGUAGCAAGCAAGCAAGCAAGCGAGCAAGCAAGUAUGAAACGGGCUUGGCCAGACUUGACCAGAGCAGACUGUGUGUAUGUGUGUGUGUGUGUUUAG